UGUCACCGGCUCAGUGGAGCUCGAGCAUCCUUACCAAAGACAGCCAGACAAUAGGGCCAUUUUGACCGCUUUGGGGUGUGAAGAAGCGGCCGAGCAUCCAAACACAACCCACCGGCCACCUUCCUUUCCUUCCCGGCUCCCCCCACACCGACGAGGCAGGGCAGAGGGGGGUGGGUUGGCGGGUACGAGGACACCGUCGCGCGGUCACCUCCUCAGCCCUUCCCGUUUUCAUGGAGAGGAGAGGCUGUUAGCAGGGGCAGAGCCAGACCUGCUGGAGGAGACCAGAGGAGGUGGAAGGAGCUCCGGAGCUGGAUAAUAAAACAAGACGAGCACGACAAACACGGUCUGUGCACGGGAGCAGGACGGUAACGGCACUGCGGAGAACCUGCAGGCCCUUCACCUGGGCACUAAAGAAGGCACCCCAAGGUGCUAGGACAAAAGCACCAUGGCAGGGGCCUCUGUGAAGGUGGCGGUGCGUGUCCGCCCCUUCAACUCAAGAGAGAUGGGAAAAGAAAGCAAAUGCAUCAUUCAGAUGUCUGGAAACACCACCACCAUCAUCAACCCCAAGCAGGCCAAAGACAACAAGAGCUUCAACUUUGAUUACUCCUACUGGUCCCACACCACGCCCGAGGACAUCAAUUAUGCCUCUCAAAUGAGAGUGUACAAAGACAUCGGAGAGGAAAUGUUGCUACAUGCCUUCGAGGGAUACAACGUUUGCAUCUUCGCUUAUGGUCAGACAGGUGCUGGCAAGUCCUACACCAUGAUGGGGAAGCAGGACGUCAAGGACCAACAAGGAAUCAUUCCCCUGCUGUGUGAAGAUCUUUUCACUAAAAUCAACGACAAUGCAGACAACAGCAUGUCUUAUUCUGUGGAGGUGAGCUACAUGGAAAUCUACUGUGAACGUGUGCGCGACUUACUGAAUCCCAAAAAUAAAGGGAACCUGCGAGUUCGAGAGCAUCCUCUGAUGGGACCUUAUGUGGAGGACCUGUCAAAGCUGGCUGUCACCUCCUACAACGACAUCCAGGACCUGAUGGACUCUGGCAACAAGGCCAGGACUGUGGCUGCCACCAACAUGAAUGAGACAAGCAGCCGCUCGCAUGCCGUCUUUAACAUUAUAUUCACUCAGAAACGCCACGAUGCAGAGACUGAUAACACCUUGGAGAAGGUCAGCAAAAUCAGUUUGGUGGAUUUGGCUGGCAGUGAGAGGGCAGAUUCUACCGGAGCUAAAGGAACCAGGCUCAAGGAAGGAGCAAAUAUCAACAAAUCUCUAACUACACUGGGAAAAGUAAUCUCUGCUUUAGCUGAAGUGGACUCUAUGUCAAACAAGAAUAAAAAGAAGAAAAAGGUGGAAAGCUUCAUCCCCUACAGAGAUUCAGUUUUGACCUGGCUGCUGAGAGAAAAUUUAGGGGGGAAUUCUCGUACUGCGAUGGUCGCUGCCCUGAGUCCAGCUGACAUCAACUACGAUGAGACCCUCAGCACACUCAGGUAUGCAGACCGCGCCAAACAGAUUCGCUGUAACGCUGUGAUCAAUGAGGAUCCCAACAAUCGACUGGUGCGCGAGCUGAAGGAGGAGGUGUCUCGUCUGAAAGACCUCCUCUACGCCCAGGGCCUGGGUGACAUCAUUGAGACAUAUCGAGCGUCUGCCCCUGACAUAGAGGGUUUGAAAUUGACCAAUGCCAUGACGGGGAUGAGUCCCUCUCCGUCUCUCUCAGCCUUGUCCAGCCGUGCCGGAUCCAUCGCCAGUCUUCAUGACCGCAUCAUGUUCAGCCCGGGCAGCGAAGAGGCCAUCGAGAGGCUGAAGGAAACAGAGAAAAUCAUCGCUGAACUUAAUGAGACUUGGGAAGAGAAACUUCGCAGAACAGAAGCCAUUAGAAUGGAAAGGGAGGCCCUGCUGGCAGAGAUGGGCGUAGCAAUGCGAGAAGAUGGCGGGACAGUUGGCGUGUUCUCUCCCAAGAAGACGCCUCAUCUGGUGAAUCUCAACGAGGAUCCUCUGAUGUCUGAGUGCCUGCUGUACUAUAUUAAAGACGGGAUCACCAGGGUAGGUCGUGUUGACGCCAGCAGCCGUCAGGACAUCGUCCUCAGCGGCCACUUCAUCAAGGAUGAGCACUGCACCUUCACCAGUUCUACUGAUCCAACAGGAGAAAUAGCAGUUGUCCUGGAGCCCUGUGAAGGAGCUGAGACUUAUGUCAACGGGAAGAGAGUGACAGAGCCCACUGUCCUCAAAUCAGGAAACCGCAUCAUCCUGGGGAAGAGCCAUGUGUUCCGGUUCAACCACCCUGUGCAGGCCCGGGCAGAGAGGGAGAGGACCCCAUGUGCUGAAACCCCUGCUGAGCCCGUUGAUUGGGCCUUCGCCCAGAGGGAGCUGCUGGAUAAACAGGGCAUCGACAUGAAACAGGAAAUGGAGCAGAGGCUGCAGGAGUUGGAGGACCAGUAUCGCAAAGAAAGAGAGGAGGCUAACAACCUUCUGGAGCAGCAGAGACUGGAUUAUGAGAGCAAGCUGGAGGCUCUUCAGAAGCAAGUGGACCGUUACUACCCAGAUGCCCCUGAAGAAGAGGAGGAGCCAGAGGAGGAAGUGCAAUGGACAGAGAGGGAAAGAGAGCUGGCUGUGUGGAGUUCCCGUAAGUGGCGGUGCUACCAGUUCACCUCUCUCCGUGACCUGUUGUGGGGGAACGCCAUUUUCCUGAAGGAGGCCAACGCCAUUAGUGUGGAACUGAAGAAGAAGGUCCAGUUCCAGUUUGUGCUGCUCACAGACACGCUCUACUCUCCCCUGCCUCCAGACCUGUUGCCCCCAGAGGCAACUAAGGACAGAGAGAAGCGACACUUCCCACGCACCAUUGUGGCUGUGGAGGUGCAGGAUCAGAAAAAUGGAGCCACCCACUAUUGGACAUUAGAGAAACUAAGGCAGCGGCUCGAUCUGAUGAGAGAGAUGUACGAUCGUGCUGCCGAUGUGCCCAACAACACCACUGAAGACGGUGAGAAUGUGAUGACCGGAGGAGACCCCUUUUACGACCGCUUCCCCUGGUUCCGUCUGGUCGGCAGAAACCCCAUUUUCAACACAUGCAUGAGCGAGCGCAUGAGUGACCUCACCCCAUCCCCGACCCUCUCCAACUCUGAAAUUACUGAGCUGGCUGACCCGCAGCUGGGGGGUCGAGGGGAGGAGGAGGAGUUGGAGGAGUUGGAUGACCUGGACGAUGAUAUCUUUUUGGACGACCCGUGCUCGGAGCUCGGGGGAGAGGAUGAUGAUGAUGAUGAUGAUGAUGAUGAUGAUGAUGAUGAUGAGGGAGAGCUCUGCCGAGGCUCCGGCGAAGGCCAGGAUCCCUUUUACGACCGCUCACCAUUAUUCAGUGUAGUGGGAAGGGCUUUUGUUUAUCUAAGUAACCUGCUGUACCCGGUUCCUCUCGUCCACCGUGUGGCCAUCGUCAGCGAGAAGGGCGAAGUGAAGGGCUUCCUCCGGGUGGCGGUGCAGGCCAUAUCAGGUGCUUUGUGUUUCCCUCCAGCUGAUGAGGAAGCUCCAGACUACGGCUCAGGAGUGAGGCAGUCAGGCACUGCCAAAAUCUCAUUUGAGGAUCAGCAAUAUGAAAAGUUCCAGUCUGAAACCUGCUCAGUAGGACUGUCCCGUACAGGGAUUUCACAGGAGGAGCUGCGUAUCGUGGAGGGGGAGGGGCAGAAUGCAGAACUGGGACCCUCAGCUGAUGAGGUCAACAACAACACAUGUGCGGCUGGUGCGGAUGAGCUGGAGACUCCACUGAAGAGUGUGGAUGGAACGCUUGACACGACUUUGGAGCACCUGAGGAUCGGUAACAUUUUUACCUUCAGGGUGACGGUCCUGCAAGCCUCCAGCAUCUCUGCAGAAUAUGCUGACAUCUUCUGCCAGUUCAAUUUCAUCCACCGCCACGAUGAGGCCUUCUCCACCGAACCCCUAAAGAACACAGGCCGCGGCCCGCCUCUCGGCUUCUACCAUGUGCAGAAUAUUGCUGUUGAAGUGACCAAAUCCUUUGUCGACUACAUCAAGACUCAGCCAAUUGUGUUUGAAGUGUUUGGACACUACCAGAAACAGCCUUUCCUCCCACUUUGCAAAGACAUCAUCAGUCCACUACGUCCCUGCAGAAGACAGUUCCCACGAGUGAUGCCUCUGUCCAAACCAGUUCCUGCCACCAAGCUGACAGCGAUGACCCGCCCGCAGGCAGGACCUUGUCACUGCAAAUAUGAUCUCAUGGUAUUCUUUGAGAUCUGCGAGCUGGAGGCCACUGGAGACUACAUCCCUGCUGUGGUGGACCACAGAGGAGGAAUGCCUUGUCAUGGCACAUUCCUGCUGCACCAGGGCCUGCAGAGGAGAAUCACUGUUACCAUUGUACAUGAGUCAGGAGGGGACAUGGAGUGGAGGGACAUACGUGAGCUUGUUGUGGGUCGUCUCCGCAACACCCCAGAAGCUGAUGAGACCAUCAUUGACCCCAAUAUUCUCUCUCUCAACAUCCUGUCUGCUGGGUAUGUCAGGCCCAUGCAGGAUGACCGACAGUUUCUUGAUUCGGACAUGCCUAGGACUUUCUACCGCUUCGAGGCUGCCUGGGACAGCUCCAUGCACAACUCCCUGCUACUAAAUCGAGUCACUCCAUAUGGGGAGAAGAUCUACAUGACCCUCUCAGCCUACUUAGAGAUGGAGAACUGCACCCAGCCUGCAAUCAUAACCAAAGAUAUCUGCAUGGUGUUUUACUCUCGAGACACAAAGCUCUCAGCCUCCCGCUCUAUCCGAAACCUGUUUGGUACUGGAAGCCUCAGAGCAGCAGAUGGAAACCGUGUAACUGGAGUUUAUGAGGUCAGCCUAUGUAACCUGGCAGAUGCAGGAAGCCCAGGUAUGCAGAGGAGACGCAGGCGGGUGCUGGACACCUCAGUGGCCUACGUCCGUGGGGAGGAGAACCUGGCUGGGUGGAGGCCCCGUAGUGACAGCCUCAUUCUGGACCACCAGUGGGAGCUGGAGAAACUCAGCCUGCUGCAAGACGUGGAGAAGACCAAACAUUAUCUACUGCUGAGGGAGAAACUGGAGUCCACCCUACUCAUGGGCCAGGAGUCCCUGCAGUCCUGCCUGACCGAGGAGCUGAGUGACUCUCCUCAGCCCCCUGAGGUCGACCCAGAGGUCAGCUCCAGCUCUGAAAUCACCACUGAGAGGCAGAGGGAGCUCGCUGCUAAGUGUUUGCGGCUGCUCACCCACUCCUUUAACCGAGAAUACAGCCACGUGUGUGUCAGCGCCAGUGAAAGCAAGAUCUCAGAGAUGUCAGUGACGAUUCUUAGAGACUCCGCUUCAAUCUCCGCUCUCAACACAAUCACACCCUCCUCUACAUGCCCUUCGCUGGUUGAGGGUUGCUAUGGAAAUGCUGAACUCAGACCCCCUAUGCCUCGCUCUCGUGCCGUCAGUCCCACCCCUGACACACAGCAAGACGCUGAGGCCAAGAAGUCCGUCAAUGGAGCCCCUGACACCAAACCACGCAUCCGCAAAUUUGUCCCUGAUAUCCAAGAAAUAAGAGUCAGCCCCAUUGUGUCAAAGAAGGGUUACUUGCAUUUCCUGGAGCCACACACCAACGGAUGGGUAAAGCGCUAUGUUGUUGUUCGACGGCCGUAUGUCUACAUCUACAACACGGAGAGAGACUCUGUGGAGCGAGCUAUCCUCAACCUCUCCUCUGCCCAGGUGGAGUACAGUGAGGACCAGCAGGCCAUGCUGAAGACUCCGUACACGUUUGCCGUGUGCACAGAACAUCGUGGAAUAUUGCUUCAAGCCACUAAUGACAAAGAGAUGCACGACUGGCUGUACGCAUUUAAUCCUCUCCUUGCUGGAACUAUCAGGUCAAAGCUGUCGAGAAGACGAGCCGGACAGAUGAGGAUGUGAAACAAGACCCUGAACAAACCUCAUGACAGAAGGAUGAGCGCAGAGACUAAGAUGUACAUAGAUUCUUGUCCUGAUCCCGCCCCUUGUGCUGAGCCCCCGCCCCCACCCCCACCCCUCCAUUACCACCGUCACCAACAACCAUCUCUCCCCUCUGUACGUCCUCAGUUUAUCACUAGUGUCCUCAGCACCUAAAGCGCCCAUUUCGUGUCAGGCCUUUGCUGCGGUGUGAGUCUCGUAGUCUGAAGAACCUCUUCAAAAAGCUGUCACUGUACUGUACUGGAGUUCAUAGCUGGACGGAUGGAGACAAUGGAGGAAGUAGCAACAGUUUCUUAGCUCAGAUUACAUACGUAUGGUAAUGUACUGUAGUUGUUGUCAGUGACACAUCGAGCCUUAUGCAUUUACUCCUUAAAAAAAAAUGCAGUGACAUUUAUUUUUACUUAAAGCUGCCAUGUCAGUGAGGAUCACAUCGCUACAUCAGUAAAUAGAAAAUCAUGCAGAUUCUUCUCUACUCUACAGCUAUAUAUACAGUGUCUCAACUGGUUUGCAUACAGCUAGAAAAUACACGCUAGAAUUUAAAAAAAAAUGACAGAAGAGUGUAACUCUUUAGAAUAACUCUCUUUUCUUUCCGGUCCAUAAAUUCUGACAUUGAGUAAUCUGCCUCUUCUUCCUGAAACUUCUUAGAAACGUUAGCACACACAGCCUGGCAACGGAAUGGCAUCUCAUCGUAGAUUUCAUGUUCUUGUGGCAUUUCAUGUCGUUUUAGCUACGUGUAGGAGCACCAAGGGUAUCUACAUUCACACGAUAAGUAAUCGAACGUCAUCACCAUUAAUCCUCCCGAUUUAAUCGCAUUCUCUACCUGAAUUUUGUUUUAAAAUGUGAUAUAUUUAGAUAUUUAACAGCUUUAUUAUUUAUUUCUGCAUGUAUUUAUUUACAAAGACAUUUAUAUUUCUAAAGUAGUAGUACCGUGCAAUUUCUGCACACCGCACUUUUUAAUAUGAGUUCCUUAAAUGUUUGAAUAAUACGACCUCGCCCCCCCCCCCCCCCCAUGCAGUUAAUGCUGCUUAAACAGUUUAAUGACCUUAUGAUUGGCCGCUUUCCUUGUGCUGAAGAUUACUUGAAUAAUACUAUCCCCUUUAAGAUUAGGAUCGUCCCACCUGACCUUUGACCCCACUAAUAUACAUCAGAAAAAGGCCAAUAUAUUGUUUAGGUAGAGAAUAUUAACACAAAGCUACCUUGUUAGAUGAUCAAACGUAUAAACUGUUCGUCACAGAGCAGAAUAAGAAACUGGUUUUCUGAAUGAUAUGUAUAUUGAUUAAAUGUAGUGCCUCUCUUUUCAGUCAUACUGUACAGUAUGCCUCUGCACCAGUUGCUUUGAAACUACAUCCUCCAUGCUGCUAUAGUACUGUUCUGGAAGUGUCUGCAGGUCAUAUCACAUCACUUCAUGGUUUUCAUCAUCAUCACCUACAUAUUCAGUUAUGUACAUGUUACAUAUCUAAAGCAACUAAUGUCCAUAACACAGAGCAUACUUCAUGUUUAUACAUUGAAAAACCUACAUUAACAUAUUUCAAGAUUGUGUUAAACAAUCAUGGGAAAAAAAUCAAUGUGUUGACAGUAUCAAAGUGCAAGUUGCGCCUGUUUUUUCAUCAUGUGAAGCUUGAUUGAUGAGUGUGCUUCAGGUCAGCCAGCCUAGAGAGCACGCUCAGUGACAGUGGUGAGAACUCACUUAAAUAUGACAAUCGAAAAGCAUUACACUGUAACACAGAAGCGCAAGAUAUUAUUUCUUUAAGUGUUGAAAAAUGAAGUAUGUUUUUAUUUUUGCUGCUGAUGUAAUCCAUACAAUACCUUACUCUACUUUACGAGGUACGUUUGGUAUUUUUGAAACUGGUCCUGUAUUAAAUGAGGCUGCAACGUAACUAUUUGCGUUAUGUCAACUAAAAGUACUUGUUGUUGCUGCUGCUGUUUUGCCGCUUUUUUUAAAAACUCUUUUUAUUUAGUUAUUUCAAGGUCCAGUCAGACAGCUUAAUCACAGUCACAACUCAUAGCCCUGUAUUUACAGGCCUUCUGUCAGACACAGUUACAGGUAUGAACAUAAAAAAAACUAACACAAAAAAAUAUACUCAUGAUACUCUCAUCACUUUACAAACAAGGAUAAAAAAUCUAUUAUAAAUAAAAUAACACAGGUUUAAUGUACACCAUCCAAUUUUCCCAUCUUUUCAAAAACUUGUCCUGUUGCAGUCUGAUAGAAAAAGUAAUCUCAGAUUAUUAUUGUAAGUGUCUGACAGCAUUGUGGAAAGGAUCCCUACAGAGACAGACCUUUUUGUUUAAGAGUAAGAUCCUUUUUGUUUAAUCAGAAACAGCCUCAAAAUCGCUAUCACCAAACCCACCAGACUCCAUUGAAAUAAACAGUCAUUUUAGCAUCAUAAAAUACACUUAAUUCAGAAAUAAAUAAAUAAAAUACAACUCACAAACACCAUCUUGGUUCAUCUUACCACUGUUCAAACAAUCACCAACUCUGAUUUGGUCGAAAUAAACCCUUAAUUCACCCAGUUAGAUGUGAAGAAACGCUGGUUUUAUACACUCUAAAAUUACUGUUUAUUUGAAUGGAGUCUGGUAGGUUUGGUGAGGGUGAUUCUGAGGCUGUUUCUGGUUGAAUAAUAGGAUCUUCAGGGUGGCUGCAGGUCUUUAAAAAAUCCUAAAAUGUAUUAAAUAAAUUAAAUUGGAUGUGUUUUAAAUGUUUUAGUCACGUCACUGUGAGAAUUUCCGGUGUUGGUGCUAUGGGAAACAUUUUAGUAGGAAGGAAACACUACUUCGACACAACACCUGUACGUGCAUAAUGCCUCUAUAUUCGCCCCUGUAAUGCAUUUCACUCGUGCAGUGAGUCUGCAUUGUUAAAUGAAAGCCUGCAGGCCAGCCUGAACAUUAUUAUUUAUAUGCUUAGAGCAGUAAACAUGGAGAGUAUCAUCAGUGUCAUUUUACCUAAUAUAUAUUUUCAAUUUUUGUGCGUAUAUACGUGGCAAGUUUGUUCUUAAAUUCCAUUUAAAGUGGUAUUAAAUAUGUCUUUAAAAGUCUUAAACGUAGCUUAUUUAUAACAGUAGAUACCCUGAUCUUACUCUAACAACAAGCUCUAUCUCUGUAGGGAUCCUUUCUAUACCUCUUCAGACACCUAGAAUAAUAAUCUGAGCCUGUCAGCAGCAAAAACAAACAGUUUUGAAAAUUGAUGGUGCAAACAUGCCUUGAGUGGUUAUAUUGCAGCCUGUUUCAUUGCUGGCCCAAUUUUAAAGAUGGUUGCUCCCAUUAGUCACUUAGACAAAAAUAAAAACAUGGGGAAAUAGAGACCAGCUUGAAAACCACCAGACUUAUCCUCAAAUCAUUUUCCCGAGGUUGGAAAGUAUUCUGUGUGUUGUGGACAUAUUGUAAAGUGAUCCAAUCAAAACAUGUUACAACCCUACAUGUGUGCACAACUGUCUGUAGUUGUCGCUAAUCAAAUAGUCUGUUAAUAUCCUUUUUUGUUGUGUAACACGUCCUGUGAUUGAUGUUAUGAUCAAAGUCUAUGACAGACUUUUUGGCAGAGGCUGCAGUCGUAUUUUAUCCAGCUAGAGCAUCAUCAUCAUCGUUGAGGGAAUCCCCUGCUGUUCUGUGCAUUACACUGUCUCAAGCACUCAUUUCUGUCACGUUUCCUUCAAAACCUAAUCUUAUACGUGAGCCCGGGACUGCUCCAGUCUGAUCUCUGUGUUAACACUAUUCCUCUUGUUUUCAUUGGGCCUUUUAAUGUGCGUCACAUUUGAGCCAACCAAAGUUUUCUUGGUGCAGUCACACACACACACACACAAAAAAAAAAUCACACUGAAUGUACAUUGAUAUUUGAAAAUACUUAUUCUGCGGGAGUGGUUAUGUUGACCUGUCCUCUGUUUUCACAGUCUGGUUCCUUAUUGAUUGUAGUUUGGUUGCUAUCAGGGAACCAAAUGGAGGUUGUGGGAUAUACCUGUAAUAAUCUGUCCACUGAUGUGUGAGGGAAGGUUGGUUCAUUACGGCCCUGUUACUCAUCGCGUAGUGUACAGAGUAACGCUGUGAGUCACCUCUCUGUCACACUGUCACUCUUAUUUCAAUAUCUGCCGUCACCAUCCUGCUCUGACAGCCUUCACAAAUUCUACUUUUUCUAAUCCCUCCCCUCCCCUUUGAAGGAAUAUCAUUUACAUUUUUGUGCUUCCACAUCUGAUCUUUUUUUUUUCUUUCUUCAAAUUUCACUGGUACAUUUCUUUUUCUUUCCCUUCUUGAAAUUAUUUUGCAUUGUAUAUAAACAUGAUUGCUGUGAACAGUGUAUUAUAAAGUUGCACCCAUUUACAAACUCUUAAAUGGGCAGUAGUUCAGUCAGUGUCUCUGAGUGUUGGAGUUUAGCGUCAAAUGUUUGUGUACACUAAACACAUUGUCAUAUAUUAAAUAAACAUGGAAAUUAUGCAACACAAAGUCACGGACUUCUCUUUUUUUUGGCAUUUGUUUUGUAACUGGUGAUCAAGCAUUUAUUUAUCAUUUACAAGCACAAAG